GUUUCCUCCUAGAGACAGGUGAUUGCCACCCUCUACAGAUAAGGAAAUCCACCACACUGGUUGAGCUCAUCCCCUCAUGGAGAACAUCACAGAUAUAAUCAGCAAAUGGUCCUAUGGGCCAAAAAUGCCAUUCAGCACAACAAGAUCGGUGGUUGUAGGGAACCCUAACUCUCAAGCAGGGAUUGUCCUGUCCACCUCUCUGCUGGGCCUUGUUACCUAUAUCGGUGCCUUCUGGUACCAACGAAGAGCACUCAGUCUUCUUAAAAGAAGCUUCAUUAUGUGCUUCUCGUGUGAGCACAUGAAGCUUCGAGGUGCUCAAAACAUCCACGUCUCUCUUUUCGCUCUGAUUUUUAUCGAUGUUCUAAAUGUGAUUGGAGCAAUGAUCUUUGGAGGAGAGCUUGCUGCGUCUGCCUGCUUGUAUGGAAAUACAUGUCAGUACACUUUUGACCUGUGGGUCUUUUCAAGAUGGUUCGAAAUGAUUGUACACCUCCUAACUGCCUUUAUAUCCCUCCUUUACCUCUGCCAACCACACCUGGGAGCCAAACUACGCGGUGUUUUCUCUGUGGUUUCUUUACUCCUUUGUGUUUUUUAUUAUAGUUUUCGUGUCUACACCAGAGUGGCACUAUAUAUGAUGAAUGCUGUCACCAUUUUAUUGGCCAUGGGCAUCAUUGCAACACUUAAAGUGCCACCUGUGUCCCACUCCACUGCCACAAACAAAAAACUGAUUGUGAUUCUUGCAAUGUGCAUGUUUUUUGUUGUCUUCAUCCCCGGUUUUGUUUUUGAGUGCCUAAUCGACAGUCAAGGCCCCUCUUUCCUGUAUAGCGCACUUGCGCUAAGUUUUUUCUAUUACACAAACGUCCAAGUCUGUCUCGAUGGACUCCUGUGCUGCGUAAUUCUGAAACUGUCUGCUGAAGAAGGUGUAGUAGAAGACGAACCACAGCAAUGGGAAUUACAACAACAAGAGCAGCAGCAACCACCAACAACAGACUUAAAUUAUUCAAGCAACAUAUAUGCAGUUACUGCAUAACAGGAAUCAAGUCUCUGCACCAUGAAGUUUGCUAUGAUUCAUCAUCACAAGGUCCCGGUGACUGAUUCACAAUUUUGAACUGAUCUACCUUUAAUAUUUGUGAACACUAAAAUCAGCUUCAUGUCAUUUGAUUUGAUUUUGUUUGUUGAAGAUGGACUUUUGUAAAAGCCAAUUUUAAGCAGUUUUUUAGUAGAUGGUCAUAAAUCUUAUAAGUGGAUGGAGUACAGAUAAAAUCAGACAUUGUAAUCAGCAUUACACUCUUGCUGUGAUUUUUUUUUUAAAUAAAUCUAUUGCAACAAGAACAACAAGAAAUGUGUAACUGUCCCAAUACUAAUAAAAUGGACUAUAUAUGUUUUAAAAAUAGAUUUUGUGAGAAACUGUGCUAUUUUCAAACUUGAUUGUUGGUACUGUGGACCUUUUUUUUCAUUAUCAACACAGAGCUAACCUCACAAUGGUGAAGGAGAACUCAUUUUUAUUUCACCUUGGAAGGAAAGAAAAGACAAAGAGUGGCCAGACUGAACGCACCAUUUGAGCCACAAUAUCUGGAAGAAACAAAUCAGAAUUCUUCAUGAAGGGUUUCCUGCGUCCCCCCUAAAAUUUCCAACACAUACAUGCAUAUAAAGUGGGUAAAGUGCAUGGCUUCAGCACCACCACAAGUUUGUGUGCACACACAGAGACACACCCUCCAUCUUGACCUCGGUCUGUGCACUAAAGUUGCACAAUAGUCUGUUUUUAUCACUUUUGCUGAACAGGGAAAAUCCAUAAAAGAAGGCGUUUCUGUGCUCAUCUAAGUGACAGAUUCAUGCAGGCAUAG